AUGUCGCGGAAACCGUCAGACUAUUCCAGUAGAACUGGCCAUGGAACGGUAAGAGGAGCAACAGAGACGUCGACUGGCAACACAACAUGUACACAGGCAACAAGUGCAGCAGCAGCACUUCCUCAGCAUAAGACAAUUCCCAUGAAACGAGCAGGAAGUGAAGUGCGAGUAAUUCGAUUCAAAUGCAGUCUUCACAAUACAAUUCUUGAUGUGCUACGAGAGAGAGGAUGGCAGGAAACAAAAGAUGAUGAUUGGGAUAUUUACUGGUGUGAUGUUGGUUGGAUGAAAGAAUUUUUUGAUCACUGCUACAUGGAAGAACAUGUUCGCAUAUGUCAUUUUCGAAAUCACUAUGAGUUAACAAGAAAAAAUUUGAUGGUAAGAAACCUGAAGAGAUAUAGAAAACAGCUGGAACGAGAAUAUGGCAAACUUGAAGCAAGCAAAUGUGAUUUCUUUCCAACAACAUUCGAAUUACCAGCAGAAUAUCAUCUCUUUGUUGAAGAAUUUAAGAAAUAUCCUGGAAUUAUUUGGAUCAUGAAACCAGUUGCUAAGUCACAAGGAAAAGGGAUAUUUUUGUUUCGCAAACUCAAAGACAUUACAGACUGGAAGAAAGAGGAUCCAAUACAUCGUGACAGCUCUCAGGGUGAACGUGAACCACCAGAAACAUAUGUUGUGGCACGGUAUAUUGAAAAUCCUUAUUUAAUAGGAGGUAGGAAAUUUGAUAUCAGAGUAUACGUAUUUGUUACAUCGUAUAUACCACUUAAAGCCUGGUUGUAUCGCAGUGGAUUUGCUCGUUUCUCCAACACACGAUUUUCACUAGAAACCAUCAGUGAUUCUUACAUUCACCUCACAAAUGUAGCAAUACAGAAAACAGCACCGGAUUACGAUCCUGAAAAGGGAUGUAAAUGGUCAAUGCAGCAAUUGAGAACAUAUCUGACUGGUCGUCGUGGUCAAGAGUCGGUGAGCAUUUUGUUUCGUCUCAUUGACGACAUUUUCGUCAAAAGCCUGCACUCUGUGCAAAGGGUUAUGAUCAAUGACAAACAUUGUUUUGAACUGUAUGGGUUCGACAUCAUGAUUGACUCCAACAUGAAACCAUGGCUAAUCGAAGUGAAUGCAUCUCCUUCAUUAACUGCAAGCAGUCAGUCAGACUAUGAGUUAAAGGUUGGCCUACUGCAUGAUGUUCUACACAUUGUGGACAUGGAGAAUAGAUUGUCUGGAGAUGAGAAGCGUGUUGGUGGUUUUGAUCUCAUGUGGAAUGAUGGACCUGUCGCUAAUGAUGAUGAGCUGUGGGAUGCAGGAACACCACACUUAUACCCAACAAAUACCUUCCUUGGUUGCUAUAAUGACCGUGAGAAACAGCUCAAACAGCUUUUCAAAUCUCUCAACAGUCAACAACAACAGAGAGCAACAACACUGUAAGCUAAUUCCUACAUCAUCUGACCACAACUUGACACAAGACCAACCUCAUUGAGGAAUUUCCUACUAAAGGUUGACCUUUCUAAUUAGUGUACAUGAUAAUAUACAUAUAUACGUGGCUUUAUUUAAUUAAUUGAAGUUACAAGAAAUGUUCA